GAAAAAAUGGAAAAAGAAGGUUAUGAGCCUUUAAAUGAAAAAUGAUGUAAUAAUUAAUAUUUAUUGUACAAUGAUGAUUUUAGUUUAAUUGUUAAAUAUAAUACUUCUCUUCAGAUAUGUUGGCAUCCGAAGAAUUACUUAAACAAUUUAGUGUGGAAGUAAUUGAAAAAAUUCUUCAUUAUGAUCAUACUUAUUUAAAUAAUUUUAAUAGUUUUCUUCAUACAAUUAUUAAUAAUAAUGAAGAAGUUUGUAUGAAAAAUCAAAAAUGUCUAGAUAUUUUCAAAAAAAUUCAUCUUCAACUUAUAGACAUAAUUGUAUACAAAAAACAUUCACAGGACUACCAAAGUUUAAUUCCUCAAAUUGUUUUUCAAACAUUUUAUUUAAGUCAGCAACAUAUAAAAAAUCCAAGUAGCGAUUUAGAAGAAUCAAAAUGGAUUUUACCUGUGAAAAUAGGUGAAAUUGAUAGUAAUGAUAUUCAUACCAUCCAUUUUGUUAGUCUUGGAGAAAAAUUGCAAUUGCCAUCUGAAAAAUAUGAUCAAUACUGUUUGCAAAUUCAUAUAGGUGCUAUUAAAUGUUUGCAGUUUGAAAAACAAUUAUAUUUUAUAACUGACUCAAUUGAAAAUAUUUGUGAAAUGUGUUUUCGGCAUACUGAAGUAAAUUUAGAAGCUUUGAAAUAUUUAACAGAUUGUGUAUCUGUUAUGACAAAAGAACAAUGGAUAGUCUUGUCAAAAUUUGUUUAUAAGGUUUUAAUGGGUCAAAUGAAUCAUCAUUUACCAACAAUUCAUGAUCAAUGUGUUCUACUUUUCAAUAAAUGUUUAGACCUUGAAGAUGUAAAUUAUAUAUUAAAUAUAGUAAUGACGGAAAUUUCAUGGUCUCUACGGAUUAAGUUUUAUAUGUUGACUGUUAUUGCUUCAAAAUAUGGUGUUAAAAAGAUUUUAGAAAAAUAUGAUGUUUUAUCUAUUUCAAUGUGGAAAUGUUUAAACGAACCAUAUUUGCUAUCUCCUUGUAUUGGACUGUACAAAAUAUUCAUUAAAGAUUUAAGUGAAGACGAUUUUUCUCAUAUAGUUAUGCAACCGAUUAUUCAUUAUCUGACUUCUAGUAAUAACAUUUCUGAAUUAACAAAAUAUAAUUUUGUGACAUAUCUUUUACCUGAAAUGAGAUCUAAACAUAUUGGUAGCUUAUUGAUUUUGCAUGAAAAAAUGAAUAUUCAAUCAAAAUCAGAUUUAUAUCUUCAAAUAUCUAUAUUGAAAAUGAUAUAUAACCAUAAUGUUGAAAUUGAAAACUAUCAAGAAAUACUUAACUUAUCUCUGGAGUCUGGUGAUACUAAAAUAAGAUCUGAAGCUUAUACUAUAUUAUGUUGCUCAAAGAUAACACAUGAUGUACUUGACUUAAUUUAUAAUUUUAUUACAGACAAUAUAAAUAGCGAUAGUCUCACACUAAGAUUGAAAUUAAUUUCUGGAUUAGAAAUUAUGUUACGUAAAUAUAGAAAACUUGAUGAUUUAAUGUUUCAAUUUUUUGAUAGACUGCAUGAAUUUAUCUUAAAAAAUUUAAUACCAGGUUCAAAUUACCAACGUAAAAUUACAUCAUUAAAAAUAUAUUCAAUUCUACUAAAAUUUUAUCAAAACCAAGAUUAUGUUUCUAGUUCAUGUAGACAUUUAUUACUGACAAAUCUGUUGGACUCUGAAGAUAUUAGAAAAAAAUGUAGUGAAAUACUAGUGUCAUAUUUUAUCGUUACAAAACAAGACAGAACAUAUUUAAAUAAUUGGAUGAAACUGGGUUUAAACUUGUGUUAUGAUCCUUUAUUUUAUAAAAAUGAAAGUGGUUCAACAAUAAUCUAUACAGUUACUACAUUGGUCUAUAAAUCUAGGCUUAAAAUAGAAAUAUUUGACAUCAGUGAAUCAUCUGUAUCUGCAUAUAUACUAAAUUUAGCACAAAAACAAGAAACUCUACUAAAAGAUCAUUUUGUUAAAAACGUGAUAAAUGGUACUCUUUAUGGUCUGUUAGAUACAUUAAAUAAUUUAUCAUUUGAAAAAAAUUCUCCUGAAAAAAACAAGUUGAGUAUAAUCGAGAUUGAAACAAUGUUAAAUUUAAUAAAAAACAAUUUGAACCUUUUGUUGGAUACACUAGCUUCUAGAAUGAACUCUGAAGGAAAAACUGAAGCACCUUCUUUUGCUCAAAUGGAUAUUGCACUAAGUAGUUUACGUAAUUCAAACCAAAAUGAUAUGCCAAUGUUACCAACAAAUCAGUUUCUUUUAAAUUUUAUUUGGAUAAAUAUUAAGAUUUGUUGUGAUGUUGCAAGCAAAUAUGCAGUUAUGUUGGCGGUUAGCAAUAUAACUGACAAACAAUAUCAAAAUACUCAAAUUAAACUAUGUGCGGAUAUGAUUGCAGACGUGUUAAUUAGAUGUAGACACAAAGGAGCCAUGGAAGCUACUUGCAGAUUUUUAGGAGUAAUAAUAAAACAUUGGAAAGAAUCUUAUAUUUGGUGUCAAACCAUGCUUACAGACUAUAUAAGUUGUAUGAAACCUGAAAAUGAAAUAUCCAGAAGAUCAGCUGGAAUAAGAUACCUUAUACAUGCAAUUGUAACAAAUAACAAGAACACAGUAAAAGAUUGUAUUACACAAUUAUUCAAUAUAGCUAAAGGAAAUUUAUGUACUGAUAUUGAUUCAAUAGUGGAUUUACCUCAAGCUAGAGCACAACAUUUACUAACUGUAAUUGUCUCGAAUGCAUCAAUUUCCACAGAAUGUUUGUACCCUUUUAUGGAAGAUUUAAUAAUGCUUUGCAUCGAUAAUCUGAAUUCUCCGCUUUGGACAAUUAGGAAUGCUGCUCUUCAGUUUUUCGGUUCACUUCAAGUGAGACUCAUUGGUCAAAAUCGUUUAAACAAUCAUUUUUGGCUGUCUCAUUUACCACUUGAACCUUUACUAUACUAUUUUCCUCGUUUGAUGCAACGCUUACAGCUUUUAUGGUCGCAGACAAAUAAUAAACUUCCAAGUCAAGCUCGGUUAAUUCCGUUUUUGUCUCUACUGAAAGCCAUUAAACUGCAGUCAUGGACUUUGUUGCCACUAGAAAAUCAACAGUUCUUAAAAAAUCUUCGUUGUCAUUUGUGGUCUACUGGUUUUGCCCUCGAAAUAUAUACAGUCAGAAAUAUGGCUGCCCAAGCCUAUGUUAACACAAUACAAGUCAAUAAAAUAACAUCUACUUUAGAUAAAAUUAGUAACGAAAUAAUCAAAUACAAUAGAGGAAUUAGUUUUUCAGAAUUCAAAAGUUCUAAUCAUUUACACGGAUUAAUGUCAUCAUAUAAGUAUUUAAAAAAUAUUUAUUUAAUGGAAUUCAACCAAGAAUGUCAUGUUUUCAAUCUAGCCCAUGAAGAUUUGCCCCCAUUAUGUAAAUCAAUGUACAUUUCAAUGAAUUGUAAAGUAUUGGGUCCAUUUCCUUCAGAAUCGAUGAUCGGCCACAAUCAAGUUAAAUGUUUAAUGAUAGAAAAUACCAUAACGCAAUCAUCAAACUUAUUAGGCUUAAUAGAGUGCUAUAUGAAUGGAGACCAGCACACUGCAAUUAGUUUUUUGAAAUGUUUUAAAAACUGCAAUAUAAAUAAUAAUAAAGUUGUUAUUGAUAAAUUUAUUCAUUAUCUUAAUGUCGAUGACAGAGGUAUAUUUAAAGAGAUCAUGAUGAACAUUGAUGUAAUGCUUGAUGCUCAAUUUGGAGAAUUGGUCAAACUUGAAAUAGCAACUGAUUUUUUUUCUAUGAUACUAAAAAGAUGUACAUCAUACUCAGAAAAAGAUUUUAUUGCUAUGUUACCUGUUCUCAGUUGGUUCUGUCCUAGUGAAGCUCGUUUGACUUUGUUACCAUUUGUGUGUAAAUAUAUUGAUUGUAAUUUGUAUGAUUCGUAUGAUAGGUGUAGAUCUUCAAAAUCAUUAUAUUAUUUCACAGACCUGAAAGAUGACAUGAGGGUUUGGAAUGCAGUUGUUGAAUUAUUACAAGAUGAAGACACUGAUGUACGAGUUCAGAUGACAAAAUUUGUGAAUCGUAUUUGCUUCAACCGUUCCUCCAUACUAAAUCCAUAUAUGUGUUUAAAGAAAAUGUUUGAAAUGAAAAUAGUAUGCUCAAUGAUGAACACACAAUUUGCAUUCACAUGUUAUUGGAACCUGUUGUCCAAUAUUAAACUACGCAUUGAAUAUGAUGAAAUAAUCAAUCCUUUUUUUAAUGAACAGUCUAAUGUAUAUCAAGAACAAUCUAAUAUCAUGAAAUUAGCAUUUGAAGGCCUCAAAAGUUUGAUAUGUUCAAGCAACAAUCUCAGUUAUUAUAGAGAAGUUGUUCAAACAUACCUUAGCUCACUGAGAAAAGAAUGUGAAUUUAAAGGAACAUUUAUUGACGACAGUUUAAUGGUUUUAGAUACGUAUUCUAAUCUACAUUUUUUAAAGCUGUAUUACAAAAGAGAAAUUUUAAUUCUAUUAAAUUUCAAUGACGAUUUAAACAUAUUUUUUCCAAUAUUGGGGCUUAUUCAUAUACCUACUAAAUUUUUAUAAUAUGACUUAAUAUUUUGUAUAAAAUACUAUUAAAAU